CUCUAGUCGCUGCCGACCAAACCCAACCAAACCCCAGCCCCGUGUUCCCCGUCUCUCCUCGCAGAACUUCCUCGCCGCCGCCGCCGCCGCCGCCGACGCCGCCGACGCCGACCUUUGCCGAGGAUGGCGGCGAAGCAGCCGUUGGCGGACGUGGAGGACGGGCUCCUCGCCCACCUCAACGCGAACGCCGAGAUCCCCGACUCCCGCUCCUUCGCCUCCUCCCUCGGCGUCCCGCACAAGGACGUCGAGGACGUCAUCAAGAGGCUCUCCGCCUUCCGCAUCGUUGAGAGUGCGGACAUCACCAAGGAGACGUGGAUGCUCACCGAUGAGGCCAAGGGGUAUGCCGCGAGGGGCUCCCCCGAGGUGCAGCUCGUCGCGGCCAUCCCGCCCGAGGGUGCCUCCAAGGGCGUGCUCAGGGAGACAUUGGGGGACGUGUUCGAUAUUGGAAUGAAGGCUGCAGCCAAGAACAAGUGGAUUGGAUUUGAGAAGGGAAACAAAGACCUCGUACUGAGAAAGGUUGAGGAUACCAAGGAUGAGUUGCAAGAGCAGCUUAAAAGACUGGAGAAUGGGGAGGUUAUUGCUGAUGAAGUAAUAAAUGAUUUGAAGAGAAGAAAGCUUGUAACAAAAGAAAAAUCUAUUUGGUAUUCACUGAAGAAGGGACCUGAAUUUGUUGUAAAGAGAAAAACAUUGGCUACUGAUGUGACACGAGAACAUCUCAAGAGUGGCGACUGGAAGGACCUGGAAUUUAAAGAUUAUAACUAUGGAGCUCAAGGACAACCUAUUGCGAUAGGAUAUAGUCAACCGUUGUUAGAGGUCCGUGAGGCAAUCCAGAACAUUUUUCUCGAGAUGGGGUUCACUGAGAUGCCAACGAACAUGUUUGUAGAGAGCAGCUUCUGGAAUUUCGAUGCACUGUUCCAGCCGCAACAGCAUCCUGCUCGUGAUUCGCAUGAUACCUUUUUCCUCAAAGCCCCUGCUACAACAACACAAUUACCCGUUGACUAUCUUGAGAAAGUAAAGCAAGUACAUCAGUCUGGUGGUUAUGGCUCCAAAGGAUAUGGUUACGACUGGAAGCGAGAUGAAUCAGAGAAAAACCUGCUUCGUACUCACACAACUGCAGUUUCAGCAAGGAUGCUAUAUAAGCUAGCACAGGAGAAACCUUUUGCUCCUAAGAGAUACUAUUCUAUUGAUCGUGUUUUCCGGAAUGAAGCUGUGGAUCGAACUCAUCUUGCAGAAUUCCACCAGAUAGAAGGUCUUAUUUGUGAUUAUGGUUUGACGCUUGGUGAUCUGAUAGGUGUAUUGGAGGAUUUCUUCUCCAGACUAGGCAUGUCAAAGCUGCGUUUCAAACCUGCCUACAACCCGUACACUGAACCAAGCAUGGAAAUUUUCAGCUACCACGAUGGUCUGAAGAAAUGGGUGGAAAUAGGCAACUCAGGCAUGUUCAGGCCUGAAAUGUUACUUCCCAUGGGACUGCCAGAGGGUGUUAAUGUUAUCGCAUGGGGUCUUUCACUUGAAAGGCCAACAAUGAUUAUGUAUGAGAUUGACAACAUACGGGAUCUCUUUGGGCCAAAGGUCGACUUCAAUGUGAUCAAGAACAGUCCGAUCUGCCGCUUGGGGCUGAAGCGAGCUUGAUACAACUUCAUCUGGAUGCCUGGAUGCGAAUGAUGUUUCUUUGUGGUUCUACAACCUUUGAAAACCAGUACUUGUGCAUUUAACGGAGGGAGUGCGGAAAUACACACAUGUUGUAGCUCUGAAUUGCAAUUUUGAGGUGUUCAUGUUCGAUACUGA